AUGUCAGACGGCGGACAGCAGCAGCGACGCCGCGACGAGGAAUUCACGCUGGAGGACUACUUUGUCCACCAGCACGCCCUACGCUCGCUGCAGCACCCACAGCCGGUGUGGCUCGUCGACGACAUCCUGGGUCUGCGUUAUCGUGCGUGUCUGCAGCUAUGCCUCACACCGACUCGGCGCCUGCGCCUCACAAACGACUGCGGUCAGCCGGAUGAAGAGCAUGCGGACGUGGGCUCUUGUUCUUCGCCCUCGCUGGACAUCCCCCUCGUGCGAGGAUGCAGCAUCGAUGUCGUUGUAUCCCCAACAAACAGCGGCGACAGCGCGCUCCGUAUCAUGCUCCCCACAACGCUCCUCUCCAUCGACGCGCCGAGAGAGAAUGAAGCGUCGCCGAAUGCAGAGUCCUCCUACUUCGUCGUGCCCGUCUCACCCAUGCCGUGCACAACGACCGCCGCGCUAACGCACGCGUGGGCAGCCGUCCUGCGCUCUCUGUGUGUGCCGCCGCGCACGAUGGCGAUCAACACCGCCGCCGCCGCACUGGCGGCGCACCCCACCUCCUCGUCCUCGACGGAGCACCACGCCGAUCCGCACGCUGCCGGCGCCGCGUUUCUGAAUGCGGCUGCUGUGGCGGGGAACGGAAGAGGUCGCACGACGUCGAGGCCCCUCAGCGACGCAGCCUGUGCGUCUCCGGCAGAACCCGAACCCACCGUAUCUUCACAAGCGAGGGCAACACCGACCACCACCACCUCCAACCUCCAACAAGCAGCUUUCGUCACGACGCCAGUGCGCACGACGCAGACAUCAGCGGCUGAACGUAGCGGCGGAAACUACCAGAUAUCGCACGACAACGACGACGAGGCCGAUUGUCAGGCAGAGCAACGGUCCCCACGGCGCGGGCACAGUCCCGAGAAGCCCCCACCGCUGCACCGCGUUCUCCCCACCACGACCAACGUCACGGCGGUCGGCAACGACAGCGACGAGGACGAACGACGCCUCGCGCUGCUGACGGUGGCGCUGCACGACGGCACGCGUGAAGCGGCAGAGCGCGCGGCGACGCUCUGUCGCUCCUUCACGCCAACGCGCUCCAGCCCCUCUCGCUCCUCGCACGCGGACAUCGACGCCGACGCUGCCGUGUCCCCGUACGUGCAGCCAGACGACAUGGCGCCGGCAGAGGCGGUGGUGGUGGUGGGUGAGGUGGACCUCGACCGGCCACCGACGAUGGCGCACGUCUCCAGCGGCCUCGUACCCUCUGUGCAACACUCGCAUCUGCUGCCCUCCAUCAUGUCCUCGAACGACGACGAGGACGAGGACGAGGAAGGGGAGGGGGAGCUAAAUGCAGAGGAGGCGCAGGGCGGUGCGGAUGCAAACCACCCCAACGGACACACCGGGUCGUAUGCAAACCUGGCCGACUCCUCACGGCCGCAGGCCCCACGCGGCGGCCACGUGUGCAACCUCGGCUCCAUCGGCCCGUCCUGCGGCGAUGCAGAGGCACUGCGUAUGUACAACGAAAUCCACGGCAGUCGCAGCUCCUCCUCCCGACCGUCCGCCGCCGCCAGCACCGACAGCAACGCGUCGUCGUUCGUGUCGUCGGCGUACGAGGCGGAGGAGGCGGGCCACCACCACCGCAGCGGCGGCCGCGGACGAGGCGAGGCGAGGAAAGCGGCGUCGACCCCCCCGUGA